UACUGGAAAAGCGAGCCAAAAAGCCACACCCAAUAUUUCUUAACACAAACAUCUCUCUCUCUCUAACUCAAAACUUCCCUUUCGUAUCCUAUAAGUCUCUCUCUUCAUUUGAUUACUUAAUAAUUGCUUAAUCUUCCAAAAUUGGUUAGUCUCAUGACUUCUUCAGUUUCAUCGAACCAAGGCGACUCAUUCUUCAUCGCCGCGCACAUACUCCUAUGUUUCUGUAUUUGAGUUGCAUGUGGUGGAUUUUCCAUGGAAACAGAGUUUGGAGUUGAGGGUAAUGAUGAACGGAAGUAUGAAGAAGCUGGGUUUCGGAAAAUUUACUCUUCUCUGUCUUCAACCAAGCAGCUCACUGAUCCCGUUGUAUACAAGCUUGUGCGGGUGGAAGGAGAUGGGAGGUUAGUGCCUGCAACAGAUGAUGAAGUUAUGGAGGUUAAGGGUCUGCUCAUAGAUGAAAAGAACAAAAUGCGUAUUGUUACAGACACUGGGCAGCCUAUGGGGUGCAUUUCCAAUGAAGUAUCUUCCUCUGGCAUGCUGCUCCAGUUGGAAAGCUCAGAAGGUUUGUCACAAUCUGAAAACACUGAAGUUGAUCCAGAAAAAUUACAUGCACGGCUUGAGUACAUUGAGGAGAUGUUGCAAAGGGUGAAAGAGGAAGAGAGGCUCCGGUUAUCAUGUGGAUCUGCUGAUUAUUCUUCUGCAUAUGUCAUUAUAGACAGCCAGUGUUCUGAUCAGCAUGAUAAAUUGCCUGCUAUUGAUGAGAAGCUCCAAUGUGAAAUUCCCUUGCAGGAGACUGUCCCUUCCUUGGCACCAAGUUUGAUUGAAAGCCAUUUGCAUCAAUCAGGGAGCAUUGACAAGUGUUUAAAUAGUCCAAAAAAACCGACAGAAGGUGGAGCUUUGACAUCUACCGGUGUUGCUACUUCAAAACCUGAUUUUUCCAAGUUAAAGGAGGAAAUAUGCUUAGACAAUUUGUCAAUUAAAGAACUACAUGAAACUUUUAAAGCAACAUUUGGGCGAGAAACUACUGUCAAGGACAAGCAGUGGCUUAAGAGAAGAAUCACCAUGGGACUAACUAAUUCUUGUGAUGUUUCAGCAACAACUUUCAUAAUUAAAGAUAACAAAUUAGUUAAGAAAGGCAAAGAAGACUGUUGUGAUAAUGGAGAUGGCGCCUUUGCCAAUGAUCCUCCAACGGGGGCAACAAUAAAUGGCAGUCAGCAAGAGGCACCAAUUACCCAUGGUGGCCAAGUGGAAGAUCAAGUUGUUUCUGACAAAAGAAGUCGUAGUGUAGGUGAUAAUUCUGGAAGUGAAGAUCAUCACGCAGAACAUAGAGCUGUCAAACGAGUUCGGAAGCCUACAAAGCGGUACAUUGAAGAACUUUCAGAAGUAGAAUCCAAAGAGUCCAGUGGAAAAUCAAAUAGUAAACUAAAAUGUUCUGGGCUUGGACAGAUGUCCUCAAAAUCUCACAUUGGAUCUGUUGGAAAUAUCUCUUCAGAUGGGAGAACUGUUGUGACAAGGACAGAUUCCCUUGGAGGAUCUGGGAUUCAGAUUCCAUGUGUUUCUCGAGUUCGAAGAAGCCGUCCACGGAAAAAUUUCAUGGCUCUUCUGGAGUUCAAUCCAAGUAGCAUGAGCGUGACAGCUGCACAGUUAAAGAAGGCACUCAAUGCACAUAAUAUUCUACUAGAUAAUGAUGAGAGUGAGAAAGAUCGAUCUCCCCCUGCCAAGUUUGUAGGUGUAACAGACAAAGAUAUACAGAUCUCAGCAAUAGAUGCAGUUGGGGGCCAUCAUAAGGUGCUGAAACUAGUGGAUUCAACUGGGGCUUCAGAUGAUAAUGUAGUCACGGUGCCUACAUCCAAAGGUGGAAUUAGAAGGAAGCAUCAUCGAGCUUGGACACUCUCUGAGGUUAUGAAGCUAGUUGAGGGUGUAUCUAGGUAUGGGGCUGGAAGGUGGUCUGAGAUCAAGCGACUUGCAUUUGCAUCCUAUUCGUAUCGCACCUCUGUUGAUCUGAAGGAUAAAUGGAGGAAUCUGCUGAAAGCUAGCUUUUCACAGAUACCUUCGGAUAAAGGGAUAAAUUGCCGAAAAAAUGCAGCUUCAGUUCCAAUUCCUGAACCAAUUUUAUUGAGAGUUAGAGAGCUUGCUGCGAUGCAGUGUCAGGUUCCACCAAGUCUAAACUCAAGCAAGGGGGGUGGAAGUGGAAGUAGUGCAGAUAGUGUACAUGAAAAACAAUCAGGGUACUUGUAACAUUGUGAACCAGUAGACUUCAGUUGUAUAAAUUGCAAAUAAACGCACAUCAGUGUGUCCCCAUUUUGAUGAUUCUCCUCUAGCUGUUGCCUUUUAUGGGGUUUACAGUUGAUAGUCGAAUAUCAAGACUAACUAGAAUUAAGGAUCACUUAGAAUGCCUUGUUUUCCCAGAAAGAGAAUCCGAGGUUCAUGAACUAUGAAAAGGGAUUAGCUUCUCAUCA